UUCUACCAUGCAUAUCAUGGAUCUUCAAAACCUUUUGUUUAUCCUCACCAACUUCCUGUUUCUCUUUGUACUAUUCAAUUUAGUUAUUAAGAAAUCCACUUGUAAUAAGACGAAUUUACCCCCAGGGCCAUGGAAACUACCACUCAUAGGAAAUAUCCACCAACUUGUUGGUUCUUCACAACUCCAUGAAACCCUAAGAAAUUUAGCAUCCAAAUAUGGACCCUUAAUGCACCUUCAACUAGGAGAAGUCUCCCACAUCAUAGUUUCUUCACCUGAAAUGGCACUAGAGAUUAUGAAGAAUCAAGAUCUCAACUUUAUUGAUAGGCCUCAUGAAACUCUUUUUGCUAGAAUUAUUACUUACAAUGGAACAAGCGUCUCCUUCGCUGCCUAUGGAGACUAUUGGAGACAACUAAGGAAGAUAUGCACCAUGGAGUUAUUAACAACAAAGCGUGUUCAAUCUUUUCGGCACAUAAGAGAAGCAGAGGUUUCAGAGUUGGUCAAAGCAAUAUCACAAAGUCAAGGCUCUAUUGUUAAUCUCUCUCACAAGAUCUUAUCAACGACCUAUGGAAUAGCGGCUAGAAUAGCAUUUGGUAAAAAGUAUAGCUACCAGGAAGUUUUUAUAUCAUCUAUUGCGGAAGUAUCUCAAAUAGGAGGAAGAAAUUGUAUUGCUGAUCUGUUUCCUUCAAUUAGAGUAGUGCUUGAAAUGAUGAGUAGAGACAAGGCUAAACUUAAAGAACUGCACAAGAAGAUUGAUAAGAUAUUACAAGAUAUCAUAGAUGAUCAUAGAAAUAGAAAAGAUGACAAAUGUAAAGAAGAAAAAGAUAGUGAAGAUCUAGUUGAUAUUCUUCUCAAAUUUCAACAAAAAGACUUUGAAUAUCCCUUGACUGAUGACAAUAUCAAAGCAGUCAUUCAGGACAUUUUUGCUGGUGGUGGAGAAACAUCUUCAACAACUUUGGAAUGUGCAAUGGCUGAAAUGAUAAAGAAACCAAAAGUGAUGGAAGCUGCACAAGCUGAAGUUAGAAGAAUUUAUGGUAGCAAAGGGUAUGUGGAUGAAUCAGAAUUGCACCAAUUGAUAUACCUUAAGUGUAUCAUUAAAGAAACCUUAAGGUUACAUCCACCUGUGCCAUUAUUAAUUCCAAGAGAGAACAGAGAACCAUGCCAAAUCAAAGGGUACCAAAUUCCAGCCAAUUCUAGAAUCAUGAUCAAUGCUUGGGCAAUUGGAAGAGAUCCAAGGUAUUGGGUUGAUGCCAUGGAAUUUAAGCUGUUUGUUGAUAAUUAUUCAAUUGAUAAUAAUAGAGAUACAAACUUCGAGUUUAUUCCAUUUGGUGGUGGAAGAAGAAUAUGUCCUGGGAUUGCAUUUGCUACACCAAACAUGGAGUUGCCAUUUGCUCAAUUGCUUUACCAUUUUGAUUGGAAGCUUCCCAAUGGAAUCAAGAAUGAGGAACUUGAUAUGACUGAGUUAUUUGGGAUGGCUAUGACAAGAAGAAAUGAUCUCUGCCUGAUUCCCAUUAUUCAUCAUCAACCUUAACAAUUAAAAAAAAGACUAUCCCUAGAAUGAGAAAAUUAAAUGAGUGAUCUUAGUAUAUGCCUUUUUUUUUAAGUGUGGUUUUAUUAUGCGUGCUCUACUUAUCAUCACUCCUGUUUGAUCAUUUUUCUACUCCUAGCCCCGCCUUGUGCAUGUAGCAACUCAUUGGCCAGCGACAAACUUUUAAAUGGAGCUCAAUACCGCGGCGGAUUAGUUCUUAUCCUACCGGGCUAAGAGAUAC